UUUCUUCCCACGCUGCUAUUUUUGUAUUUCUGCCUUUCAAAAGUGUAGUUUGAAUGAUUGGUUUUGUUUAAAAGUGCCUUGUGCUUUGCUGAGAAAGGAAGGAGUACAGGAAGAAGCUGGAUGGUGGCCUUUCUGCUUGCUUUCUAGAUUUCAGUGCUGGCUAUUCAGAAGCAAUGUUAAUAUUUACAUGGAGAAACUGAGCCACAGGAAAAAAAAAUAGCAGGUGAACAAUGGAUCGCUAGUAACUGGAAUUCUGACUAUAUUGUCAAAUAAUACAAACUAUGAACCAGUUCACGUGGACUGAAUGGAAGAAUCUGAAUAUGAAUGAUAGUAAUGUGAAUGUAUCUGAGCAUCUAUCCUGCCCUUUUGGAUUUGGACAUUAUAGUGGCAUUGACAUUUGUAUCCUUGAGACUAUUGUUAUUAUCUUACUAACAUUUUUAAUUAUUACUGGUAACUUAACAGUAAUUUUUGUCAUUCACUGUGCUCCACUUUUGCAUCAUUAUACUACCAGCUACUUUAUUCAGACUAUGGCAUAUGCUGAUCUUUUUGUUGGGAUUAGUUGCUUAAUUCCUACCUUGUCAUUGCUUCACUAUUCUGUAGGUGUUCAUGAGUCCUUAACUUGUCAAAUUUUUGUGUAUGUCAUCUCUGUAUUGAAAAGUGUUUCUAUGGCUUGCCUUGCUUUCAUUAGUGUGGAUCGCUACCUUGCAAUCACAAAACCACUCUCCUAUAACCAGUUGGUCACUCCCUGUCGAUUGAGGAUCUGCAUUAUUUUGAUUUGGCUGUAUUCGGGACUUAUCUUCCUGCCUUCCUAUUUUGGUUGGGGAAAGCCAGGUUAUCAUGGAGACAUUUUUGAAUGGUGUGCAGCUUCUUGGCUCACCAAUGCCUAUUUUACUGGAUUUAUUGUGUGCUUACUCUAUGCUCCAGCUGCCUUUAUAAUCUGUUUUACAUAUUUCCACAUUUUCAAAAUUUGCCGGCAGCACACCAAAGAGAUAAAUGACAGGAGAGCUCGGUUUCCUAGUCAUGAAGUAGAUACUGCUGAAGAAACUGGACAUGGCCCAGAUAGCCGCUAUGCUAUGGUUUUAUUUCGUAUAACCAGUGUGUUUUAUGUACUCUGGCUGCCCUACAUUAUAUAUUUCAUGCUAGAAAGCACUAAAGUGCUGGAAAAUCCAGCACUCUCUUUUUUAACAACCUGGCUUGCUAUUAGCAAUAGUUUUUGUAACUGUGUAAUAUAUAGUCUGUCAAAUAGUGUUUUUAGAUUGGGACUUUGGAGAUUGUCAGAGACAAUAUGCUCAGUUUGUAUAUGUAAAAAAGACAGCGUGGUUCGAGAGCCUGUUCCUAGAAAACGGGCUAACUCUUGUUCCAUGUAA